AUGCUGGCGAUGGAGCUGAGCCUUGACCCCUCGGAGCUGGAGCUGCGGGGGGAGUUCGGCUUCGAGAGGGAUUUCAACGACCGGGAAGCCAGGGAAUGGAUGCGGGAGAACUGGCACAAAUCUGUGGUUUUGGCUGUGGUUUAUGUGAUCCUGGUCUUUGGCAUCCAGCAGUUCAUGAAGGGCAGGAGAGCCUACAGCCUGCGCACACCCCUGGCCCUCUGGUCCCUCGGCCUGGCCUUGCUCAAUGGCAUUGCAGCCCGGCGGGUCUGGCAGCACCUCUCCUUCAUCCUGGCUACCAAGGGCUUCAGGCACUCGGUGUGCAGUCAGUCCUUCUACAUCCACCCCAUCUCCAAGCUCUGGGUCUAUUUGUUUGCCCUGAGCAAACUCCUGGAACUGGGUGACACCCUGUUCAUUGUUCUCCGGAAGAAGCAGCUCAUCUUCCUCCACUGGUUCCACCACGUCACCUCCCUGGUGGCCACCUGGUAUGGCUACAAGGAGAUGGUGGCUGGCACUGGCUGGCUUACAGUCCUCAACUUCAGUGUCCAUGCCAUCAUGUACUCCUACUACGUCCUGAGAGCCGCCGGCUUCCAGGUGUCCCGCCCCGUUGCCAUGGCAAUCACCGUGACACAGAUCCUGCAGAUGCUGGGGUUCGUGGUCAUGUACGCCCUGAUCCUCUUCUGGAUGGAGGAGGAGGACAAGGUCUGCCACACCAGCUGGGCGUUUGGUUUCCUUUCCUUCGUGCUGUGCCUCAGUUUCCUGGUGCUCUUCUGCAACCUCUUCCUCAAGACUUAUCUGGGGAGCACCCAGAAACCCAAAAGGAGAUAG